AACACCUCAGCACCGCCGCCGGUGCUUCGCCCGUUUGUCUACACUUCCAAAUUACUUCGUCUCGAGAGAAGCACGUCGCGGCACGCUCCGUGUUCGCCCUGGUCAAAUUAAUCUGUUUUUUUUUUCACAAAACCACCGUCGUUAUUUUGUGCGUCGUGUUUCGGUUUUGGCGGGGCUUCGCGAAUGAAAAAAAAUGAACUUUCGAGUGUACUAGGUGUGAAAAAAGUGGGUUGAGCACGAGAACUUUUAAAGUGCUUGCCAAGUGCAGUGACACGAGACUUUCAGCGAUUACAGUUUCUGUUUUAUCAGGGGUUUCAAUCGAAAUUUAGUAUCGAGUGCCGAAUUCGUGGUGAGUUUGGCGUAGUUUUGUUCGGAAGUUUACAAUCGAGACGAGAGUCUCAAACACGGCAGCACAAUUGAUCUUGAGUUGCAUCAGCGGGCCGCCGGCCACUUUAUGAGAGCCGGCGGCAAUAUGUGCGACGGUGCCUUUUCGGAGACACUUCGUGGGAUGCAGGGAAUGUCGGGAGCUUCACCCCCAGGAAGUGCGGGGGUGGGUUCAAUGGGGGUAGGACUUGGCAGCCCUUUGGGGGCUGCUAAGAAAUUGCAGGUGGAUCACAUAAAAAGACCAAUGAAUGCAUUUAUGGUUUGGUCUCGUCUUCAGCGCAGAAAAAUCGCCCACGAGAAUCCUAAGAUGCACAACAGCGAAAUCUCAAAGAGGCUCGGCGCUGAAUGGAAGUUGUUAUCUGAAGAUGACAAACGACCUUUUAUCGACGAGGCAAAGAGGUUACGAGCUAUGCACAUGAAGGAGCAUCCGGAUUACAAGUAUCGACCCAGAAGAAAACCAAAAACUCUUAGGAAAGAAGGAUACCCUUACAGCAUUCCCUAUCCCAGCGUGCCAAUGGAUGCACUCAGAGCCGGAAUGGCUGGUGGCAUGGGUCAAGCAGGAAUGAGUUCUUAUUAUGGACCAGCAUAUGGUUCUCUUUCAGCAGCAAGUAUGGCAGCGGCUGCUGCAGCAGCGGCUCAACAAUCCGCUGCAGCCAUGUCGGCAGGACUCGGAGCACCUUCUCAGGUCGUGAGCUCCAUGGACGCAAUGAAGUACUCAAUGGAGGCGGACAAGUACCGAGCAGCCUACAUGCCACCCAGUACACUUGCGAUGAGCAUGUACUCGGACCCAAAAUACUUGGACUCAAGCCCCAAGUCUUAUCUGGAUCGAAGCUACCUUGAUUCUGCAAAGGCCUAUUUCGAACAGUCCAAACUUUACAUGGAUCAAAAACCAAACAUCUCAGACUACAAUCGGUCUAGUUACGAACCGAACAAGCUUUACGAAGAAUCCAGCCCAGGAGGUGGUGGAUCCAUGAGCAGAUCCCCAGCAGCUGACUCGCCCGACAUCAGCAAACAACAAAAUGAUGGUAGGACAGAUCAAGGAUCCUCCAGUGCCAGUACCACAUCGAAUUCUUCAGCUGCCAGUCCUGGAGCCAACAGUUUGCCAACCUACUACCCUGGACCGGUUCAAACUGGGGGAUUACUUGCGCCUCAAAUGGGCCAGUACACUGGAUACCAAACUUCACCAACGCCAGGAAGCGAAUUCCGUCGACCUCUCACGGUAAUCUUCUGACCCGACAGAGCGUAGCUCUGAUCUCUUUUUGUGGAACAUCAGAUGUACCGAUUCUGAAUGCAUCUAGCAUCUAGCAUCUAGCCAAUGUCGGGCUUCCGCUGUUGUGGUCUUGAAUUUGUUAGUUGCUCUUGAAAGAACAACAUUCGUUCAAGCUGAUGUAAGUUAUGCUAAAAGGUAAUAGCGCUUUAAAUUGUCUUACUGAUUAUAAUUAUAAACUUGGUUGGAUAUAGACGUGUUAUAUAGAUUGAAGCUGAAAAUGAGUUUUAAUUGCUGGACUAAAAUUAUUAUCUAUGGUAGUAAAUCCUCAAUUAAAUUUGUUUAUAAAAGUCUUUUCAACUUUAUGCAAAAUUAGGCAAGAGUUUGCGAAUUGUAGAACCUUUGGUGAAAGAAUCCCGCCACAAGGUUGUAAUAUUAGUGCUCUAAUUAGUGCAUGAGUAAACAAUUUGAAGAGCGCAUAAUCUUAAUUGAGAACCUACAUUGGCGAUGAAAAUGUUGUUAACUCCAUGAGACAAACUAAUACAACUACUCCCCAGUAAUUUGUCUUGAAAGAUAUUGGCAAUUUUACUUGUGCAGUUAUCGUUUGCUUUCUGGGCCACAGCGACUCUUGUAUCCGAAGGAAAUUACAAAAAAGUUCCUUUGAAUUUGUUAAAGAAAAAAGAAGAGUUGCUUCUGGCUUCGACGUAAAUAACUUGGUCGUUCCAUUUAUAUAAGUCCGUGAUCUUUGUUGAAGUAUUAUAAAAAAAAGUGUACAUAAUCCUUAUGUAAAUAAUGUAGUCGUCGAUCUCGUGUUCCUUAAGAGGAUCUGCAAAAAUGUACACCCGCUAAGGACACGAGUUUCUGCUACGAAGACCACAGAGAAAGAUUCUCAUUUUAAAAAAAAUGAUAUUAUUUCCUGAUUGAAGUCAAUCAAAGGCUGACUUUUUCUAUUGUUCUCUUGUUGUUUGAAAAUUUUAUGCGAGGAAUGAGUUACAAGGUAUUGAAACUAGGAAUUUGUUAUAAGCAUUACAAGUGAUAAAAAGUAUUAUCAGAGCAGAACAAAGUUUUUCUUUUAUUUAUUCCAGUGAAUGGAGAAAGGAAUCCUUUUCCGUGGUUCGCGUUUUGGCGUCGUUGUAAAUAGAUCAUAAUAAUUAUCCUAGUUUCUUUGUUAUGUCCUUUCGUGGAGAGGACGAAGAUUUCGUGCUCGGCCUGGCGCUUUUCAUCUUCUCAUCGCGGCUCGUAGUUGUGCCACGCCAAAGGGUGCAAUAGUUUACAUUCCCGUUAAAAACACUCAGAAAGCUCUUGUUUAAUCAAACCAACUUUUUGGGAUAUUGAAUAAUUUGGAAAAUUUGAUCAAAAGAUUUGGUUGGGCAAACUAAACUUUUAUUGAAUGAAACAAAUAUUUUUAAAUAUCGUAUAGAAAACAAAGUUUGGUUGAAUGAAACAAAUGUUUUUUUCUGAGUGAUGGCAUAAGGGUACAUGGAUUGUAGUGUUUGUCAGCGUAUUGUACAACUUCUGCUGUGGACUCCCAAUGUACCGCUCUUUGUCGAUUUAGAGGCAAGUCUUAGUGGGAAGAAAUCACGAUAAAUGUAUUUAUUUUAAUUUUUCCUUUUUCAUUUUUCAUUUAUUUUUAAUUUUGUGUUCUUCGACAAUCAGUUGCUUUUAAUUAUUAGUUUUUUUCCUUUAUAACGUUUUAUUUGAAAGAUCUCAAUGUUUUACUUCACGAGAGUCGUGAUACUACUUCGGUUUUUCGUUACUAAGAAUUUUAUCGAUUCUUCUCAGAUUUUACUAGAGGUCGACAGAAAAAGGUCCUAGUUUCCUACCUAAGGAUCUCGGGCCUCGCCCACACCUCCUGCGUCAUGUGUAUUUCUAUUGUUAUGAUAAAUAUUAUAACUACCGGUUAUUCGAGUAUCAUAUUCCGAGCAAAACAGAAUAAUCUAUAAAUAUUGUACUGUACGUGGAGAUAACAUAAUAAAGAAUAAGAAUUAUCCUUCGAAA